CAGAGCAACAACUGCUCCACAAACACUUUACUGGUAACUCGCAGAGUUUAGGAUCAAACACUGACUCGAAAACAAGAGCAGACAUUUCAGAUUUAGUAGUGAGUGCGGAUUAAUCUUUAUCAACUUCAGAAACAUAAAGGAGGAAAGAGGGAACAAUCAUGAAAAAGGAAAAGCAGGUCAGUGAAGACAAUGAACCCCCCACUUACCAGGAGGCCACAGCAGGAUAUGACGAGAUGCAGGCUCAGUUCACCUUUGAUGACAAGAACAUCAGGCGAACCUUCAUCAGGAAGGUUUACGCCAUUCUCAUGGUUCAGCUUUUUGUGUCCGUGGCUAUCGUUAGUCUCUUCACAUUUUGCGCCCCUGUGAGGUAUUAUAUUCAGACUCAUCCUGGCUUGUACAUGGCAUCUUAUAUGAUGUUCUUGUGCACCUACAUUGCACUCUCCUGCUGUGGAAAUCUGAGGCGGCAGUUUCCCACGAACAUCAUCCUGCUAGUUAUCUUCACUUUGAGCAUUUCCUUCAUGAUGGGUUUUGUGUCAAGCUUUUACAACACCAAAUCGGUGAUGCUGUGUCUGGGAAUCACGGCUCUGGUGUGUCUCUCUGUCACCAUCUUCAGCUUCCAGAGCAAGAUUGACGUCACAUCGUGUCAGGGCGUCCUGUUUUCUUUGUGCAUGGUCAUGCUUCUCUGCGCCAUCGCCAUGUCCAUUGUGGUCCCCUUCGGAUAUGUUCCCUGGCUACACGCUCUUUAUGCUGUGAUAGGAGCCAUCCUCUUCACUCUGUUCCUGGCGUUUGACACUCAGAUGCUGUUGGGGAACAAGCGUUACUCCAUCAGUCCAGAGGAAUAUGUUUUCGCCACCCUCAGCCUCUACCUGGACAUCAUCUACCUGUUCAGCUUCCUGCUGCAGAUCUUUGGAAACGGCCGCCAGUGAGGAACCUCAUCUGCUGUCCUUCUACACGUCUACUGGUCGGCUGAACUAUUUCAAACUUUCACAAACUGUCAGUCGAGCAAGGAUCUGUUACUCUCAUGCUUAACAUGAUGUCAGGUGUAUUACUCAUAAGUCAUGAUUUCCAUUUUUUAUGCAUGCGUUAAAGCUUAAAGGAGUGAGAGUAAUCGGUUGGUUCUUUGCUUUUGGCUGCGUAAUCUCCUCUGUGCUAUCCUGCUGCUGGUUCUGUCCCGACAUUAUCCACAUCGCACCUCACUAGUGGUUCAUUGUACUCCUGCUGUCCAUUCCUGUUAAUCUGGUUUUGCUUUGGUUUAGGAGCAGAGUUGAGUAAGAUCUGUUUCCUUGGCUGCAUCUCUCUGUUUAUCUCUGUUACUAAGCCAAAAAAUGAAGACUCAGGAAAUCUGCAAUUUGAAGCUCAGCAGGGUUGAGUUUCUUCGAUAAAACAAAGUUUCACAAGCUGCGUAGAUGAGGUUUGUUUUAUACUUGUUUUUUAUGCACAGUUUCACAGAAUUUGUGUGAUUUAAAAGGUGUGCAUGUGUGUGUGUGUGUGUGUGUGUGUGUGUGUGUGUGUGUGUGUGUGCGUGAGAGAGAGAGAGAGAGAGAGAGAGAGAGAGAGAGAGAGAGACUUCCAGAUUUAAAGCUUACAAAAUCCACCACAAAGGGAAAAUGUGUUUGUCUUAGCAUACAGCAGUCUUAGUCAUUAAAGCUUAGGUUGGUAAUCUUGGAAAAGUUAGCAAAAACAGGCUACAUUUUGAAAAUAUGAAACUGAUAUAUCCCAGUCGCUCCCAUCCGCACUCUUGUCAACGCUACGCCUCCAAAACAUAUGAAUGUGCACUGACAACUCCCAGAAGCCUGACUAUCAUCUCUGCUUCAGCGGCGUAUGUCUCUCUAGACGGACAGGUACACCAGCCAAUCAUUUCCUUCAGUCCACAUUAAAUGAUUGUUGUAGUGUAUUACGUACUCUGUAGUGUAUGUGUAUGUGUUGAUGAAUGUGAUCGGGAUGUGAAGAGGAUUUCAACAGAUAUAAAUGUGUUUCAGAAAAUGUUAUAUUACCAGCCUCACCUUUAAUGAUCAGUUGCAAUUCCUCCGUCAUGUUACUGUGGCCUUUGGGAUGUGUUAGAAAUUAAUUUCACGUUAACGAGUUUAGGAUCAGAAUUUAAAUGUUAGAACAAGUUUUACCUGUAUAGUCAAUUUACCUGGAUAUAUGAUACUAUUUUUUUAAGGACAAUGAGCUGUGAACAUUUAAUACUGUGAUCAUAAAAAUAAAAGAGAUUAUUACACA